AAACUAUUUACAGGUAUACAAUAUAAUAGUAUUUUUAUAGUAGUCUGCCGACUUAUAAAGCAAGCCUACUUUUUGCUGUAUAAAAAGUUACACUUAUUAAAAGACCUUGCUUACACCUAUAUAAAAAUAAUUGCCGCUAAUUAUAGAUUACCUAAAGAAAUUAUCUUAAAUUAA